UUUGUUUUUUUGUGGAUAUAUUUGUUUUGAAUAGUCUUUAUGUUAAAUUUUUGGGAUUUAAAUAUAAAACGUCACACUUCAUUUAAAAACCGGACAAUUACGCCUAGUGGUAUUUCUUUACCUUUAGAAUCUAAAUCAGCGCCUCAAUUAUCUAAAGUUUGUAAUACUUCUAUUCCAUCAUUUACAUGUAAUAAUUUUGGAGAGAAUUAUAAUCAAUCAAAUAAUCAUAGUUGUGGAUCAAGCAUAUAUGAAGAAAAUGUUUUAAAAGAACGAGAGAAUAUCGAAGAAACAGAAAUAUCAGAAGGCAUAUUAAAAUUUACAGCAGAAGAUUAUAUACAAGAGAUUCAAAAAAUUGAAAAACAAUAUUUUUUUUGAAAGCAUUUUUAUAAAGAAUGGUUUAUAUAUAUGAGUUUUUUAAAAAAUUUGGUUUAUAAAAGGUGUUUGAUAGAUUGAGUUUAGAAUAAUAUUGAAAA